AACGCUUUAAGACGUCGCCUCCUAGUCACAGUUUGUGCUUAUUGCAAGCCUUUUCUUUUGAAAAGCAUCAUUUGCAAUGUUUUUAUCUCUACUAAUCGCCUGUUUUUGGUACUUCGUCAGUUACUUAUGUUCGAAAACCUUGUUUCAACAGUACUAGUACAUCUUGUUAUGUUUGCUAAUACAAGCUUCUAACAAUCUGAUGGGCUGCGUAUCUAUGUAUGAAUCUCAAUGUAGACAGUAGUAGGGUUGACGGAAACAGGUGCUACGUUGCGUUAAAUGUCUUCUCGAAUGUAAGUUCUCGACUUUUCAAUCCAUUUUUCUGUAGUCCAUAUUACAGAUCUUAAGUAUACAAAUCAGCCUUUACUUCAAUUUCCGUGUAUAUUUGUCGCCUUACAUAGUGGUUUUCAAGCACUGAAAUGAGUUUUCGUCUUGCGUCGUCUGUCACUUUACCACUACUCCCUGUUGAUUUGGAUGAGUUGUGCCCACAGUAUGGCUUUUCAUUAACCUGCGGCUACCAAGCUUGUUGUCGCCGGAUACGUAGAGCCCAAAGACAAUUAUCUGCAUGACUCUUGACACUCCACUUCCACAUACCGCUUGCCACAAGGACUUCUGCAGUAAAGUCUGCACCUAGAGAGAUGAAAGCAGAGGUGAGGCGUGAUGCGAGUCAUCAAAUUCACUCGUUGGUUGUCAUGGAAUCGAAUAUACAGAAAGCCUGCCCACUGAUGGCCAUGUUUCGAGCCGUGUGAUAACAAAUGUCUCGACAUAGAACCGCACUAAUGGUAAUUUGAGGUUCUCGAGCAAAGAUCCCCAGGCUCGUUGUUAUGCAAAGUCUAGGUGCUUACGACGCUAAAGCGACCGCGCAAAGUGGAUUUGUCAGAUUGCAGAGUGUUAAUUUUCAUAGGAGGACUAGUCCCUCGAGUUGGAGUACCUCCGCGUUCAAGUCAGCAGAUGCAUAGAAAAGAUUCAAACUCAAAGAUGUUCCAUGAUUUGCGGACCACCCUGCGCUUACGACUGUGGUCUACCUUACAAUACUAUCGUCGUCAGAUUUCAUCAAAUUCAAACAGCAUGAAUUACGUCUUCUACGCGUUUUGGCGAGGUUGGCUUAUAGAGGCUCAUGUGCAUGACUAGUAAACUAGUUAAUAGCAAUAAUUCGUUGACAAUUAUGUUUUUUGACCUGAUAAAGACGACCUGUGUAGGACAAAUGUUGAGACUAUCUGGCUUGAUUCGGGCGCACACAGACAGAAACUGCU